AUGCCUGAGAAAAUAACAGCGGAAAACCUUAUCAACAACCUAGUAGAAACGAUUGCUGAUAGUGUUCCAAAGCAGAAAUCUGUCUCAUUUUUUGAGGAAGAGAAAGAAUCUGUCACUUCUCGUUUCAAUCGUCUGUUUGGGCGACAGAAGCCUGUCCACCACCUUUUGGGAGGUGGAAAAUCUGCUGAUGUUCUCUUAUGGAGGAACAAGAAGAUCUCAGCUGGUGUCUUAGCUGGGGCAACAGCCAUCUGGGUGCUCUUUGAGUGGCUUAAUUACCAUUUCUUGUCUCUUGCAUGCUUUGCCGUGGUUCUCGGUAUGCUUGCUCAAUUUGUUUGGACAAAUGCUGCAGGCCUAAUGAACAGGUCUCCAUCUCAGGUCCCCCGCCUUGUAAUACCUGAUGAAAUAUUUGUCAGCAUUGGUAGAUCAAUUGGUGCUGAGGUUAACCAUGCUUUGUGGUUUCUCCAGGAUGUGUCAUGUGGAGGAAACUUGAAACAGUUUCUUGUGGUUGUAGUAAGCUUGUGGGUUGCUGCAAUUAUUGGGAGCUGGUGCAACUUUCUAACUGUUUUAUAUAUUGGUUUUGUUGCUGCACACACAUUGCCAGUCCUGUAUGAAAGAUAUGAAGACGAAAUCGACAACUUUCUGCUCAAUGCAUUCGAUCAGCUCCGACAUAACUACGGUAAGCUUGAUGCUGGUGUCCUCAGCAAGAUCCCCAAAGGAAGAUUCAAGGGAAAGAAGCAUGAAUAG